AUGUCCGCUUUGGCCAAGAAGAUGAUGGAGAAGUACGGGUGGAAGGAGGGCGAGGGACUUGGCAAGGAGCGGACCGGCACCAAGUCUUACGUGAAGGUGACUCGCCGCGAUCCUCACACUGCCACCGGCCUCGGCCACGCCGCUGACCCUGCACAGGGCGGCAGCUUGGCUUCGUCGCACGCCGUCGAACUCGACGCCAUCUACGGCCAGCUCUGCAAAGUGACGAGGAAGCGACAGCAGCAGCCGAACAAAUCGCAUGUCGACCAAGCCGAUGCCUCUGAAGGUCUGGUAGACAGUGAGGAUGAGCUGAGCGAUGUGAGCUCCACCAGAAGCUGUGCCAGCAGCAGCAACGCGAACAACAAGCCAGAAAAAGCGGUGUCGGCCGCAGCUCGCGCCCCAGUGAAGCGGCAGCGCCGCGUCCUGUCGUCCUCCCUCUCGAAUAGUAAUAGCGAGGAUGAUAACAGCAGCGACGACGUUCAUACAAGUAGUAAGCGGCUGAAGAGCGAGCACGUGGGCGAUGUCACUCGUAUGUCCGACAAGGAGCUCCUCCAGCGCUGCGGUGGGGUGCGCCUUGGUCGUGCAGGCCGCCAUCGCUUCUUUGAUGGAAAGCUGAAGCGCAUACGCGACGCCAGCUAA